AUGGGAGGAUUUCUUAUUUUCGGUAUCUUGAUCAUCGCAGCCCUUUUAGCUGGAUUAGGUUGGUCAGCAGCACCAAAGGGUGAUAAUCAAGUUGUUGUUCGUAGUUCGAUACUAGCUUCGAUAAUCUGUUGUUAUCUAAUGUGGGCAAUCGUUUAUCUUGCACAACUAAACCCACUGAUACAACCAAAACGAAGUGAUCUUCGUCAAGAACAUACAUAUCAAUCUCUUUAAGAAUCUCUUCUUCAUAGACCGUUUCUCUUUUUGUUCGUCGCAAGUCAAUUCAUCUUCCUCUUGGUUUUUAUCGAUGGCCUUCAUCUUCACCGACCGCACGUCCAAAACUUCUAUCACCGCUCGAAAAACUCAUUGAUUCGAGCACAUCAAAGGUUUAUAACCUUUUGGGACCUAUUUGAACAGAAGGUCUUGAACUCAUGUACUCUCGAUUGUAUAAGUAAAGGACUUUUAUUUGUUUAAUUGCAUGUUUCCUGAACACGGGACUUCUUUUCGGGAACUUGUGGUUCUAUGAUCUCAUUUAACAUUGAUCUGAAUCCGAGAAUGCCAAAAGACGGCCAGUCAUUUGUUUGCCUCUUAAUUGGGUUAUCUCAAGGCUUGAACUGAUUUUGAAACAUCAUGAAAAACGACUUUUGAAUUAUUUCUCUAUCCUCAAGCACCAGUCAGACUUACUCGUAAUUAGAUAUGAUUGACUUCCCAUCAGAUCUCCAAUUCAACACAAACUUUAAUUCUUGAUCCUCAAAUGUUGAUUUCAUGCAAUUCUUUUAAAACUUUU